AUGACCAUUAGGCCACCCGACGUAAGGACCCUCUUUACAGAAGACCGCAAAACAGAAGCAUCGGCUCGCUGGCAUGAAAAUAUACCCCCCAACGAUGUCGAUGGUCACCACGUUGAUGUCGCCUCGGCAAAACGCAGUUUCAACGAGCUCUUCCGCCAGAUGUCCGGCCUGAUCACGAAAAAAUCCCAGGACACGAUGCUAGGUGGCCCGGAUGUCGAAAAGGCCGUCGAGGAGGACGCCGAGCCGUUCGAUCUUAGGGAGUAUCUGACCUCAUCAAACGAUGCAAACCAGGCGGCUGGAAUCAAGCACAAACGUGUUGGUGUUACAUGGGAUGACUUAGAAGUCAAGGUAAUCGGCGGUGCUAACAGCAAGUUCUAUACCCCUACUCUUGCAGAUACCAUCCGUGAUUUCGUUCUAUCACCCAUUAUAUGGGUACUAAACUUGCUGAGGCCACUGCUGUUUCCCCCACCGCCUCCACCGACUCGCUCAAUCGUACAAAAAUCUUCGGGCGUAUUGAAACCUGGAGAAAUGUGCCUCGUCCUCGGCUGCCCCGGUUCUGGCUGUACUUCGUUCCUCAAGGCGAUUGCAAACCAACGGGACGAGUUUUUCAGCGUCGAGGGCGAUGUCAAAUAUGCAGGCCUGGAUGCCGCCGAGAUGGCGAAAUACUACAAGGGAGAGGUUGUGUACAAUCAAGAAGACGAUAUUCACAUCGCCACUCUAACGGUCGCCCAGACGCUUCAAUUCGCGUUGUCAAUGAAGUCCCCUGGCCCUAACGGUCGUCUACCAGGCGUUUCGCGGAAAGAGUUUGAUUCCGAGGUUCUCAACAUGCUCCUUCGAAUGCUCAACAUCACACACACAUCGAAGACACUGGUCGGCGACGAAUUUGUUCGUGGCGUCAGUGGCGGAGAACGCAAGCGUGUCAGCAUCGCCGAGAUGAUGGCUACUCGCGCUCGUGUACAAUGCUGGGACAACUCCACACGCGGACUCGAUGCCUCUACGGCACUCGACUUUGUGAAGAGUUUGCGUGUGAUGACGGACAUCCUGGGCCAGACGACGUUCGUUACGCUCUACCAAGCCGGUGAGGGGAUUUACGACCUGUUCGACAAGGUCAUCGUCCUUGAUGAAGGUCGCCAAGUCUUCUACGGACCUCCCUCGGCGGCACGAGCAUACUUUGAGAGCCUCGGGUUUCUAUCCCUUCCACGACAGAGCACGGCCGAUUACCUCACCGGUUGCACCGAUCCCAAUGAGCGACAGUUUGCCCCCGGCCGAUCGGCAAGGGACGUCCCUUCUACGCCUGAAUCCCUCGAAAGCGCCUACCGUACAUCGGUGUAUGCCCUGGAGAUGAACACUAGCCGAGAAAACUACAAGAUCUCGGUAGAGACAGAAAAACACGAUCAGGAAGCUUUCCGGCAGGCGGUUUUGGCUGACAAGAAGAAGGGUGUUUCGAAGAAGAGCCCCUACACACUCGGUUUCUGGGGUCAAGUUCGCGCACUGACGAUCAGGGAGCUUCAACAAAGAAUGCAAGAUAAAUUCCAAUUGUACACGAGUUUUGCCCUAUCAACGAUCCUUGCUCUUGUCAUCGGCGGCGCCUACUUCGGUCAGCCCCCGACUUCAAACGGUGCUUUCACUCGCGGGAGUGUUAUUUUUAUUUCGCUUGUGAUUACCUGCUUCGAUGCUUUCGGAGAAAUCCCAAUGGCAAUGCUUGGACGUCCAAUCCUCCGCAAGCAGACAAAUUACAGCAUGUAUCGCCCGGCCGUUGUCCCAAUUGCUAACUUGUUCUCCGAUAUCCCUUUUUCGGCUCUUCGAAUAUUCAUCUUCGACGUCAUUGUCUACUUCAUGAGUGGUCUCAACGCCAGCGGCGGUGCUUUCUGGACAUUCCACCUCAUCAACUAUAUGGCCUUUCUCACAAUGCAAGGGUUUUUCCGCACCAUCGGUCUGUUUUGCACCAGCUUCCAUACAGCCUUCAGGCUUUCUGCCAUAGUCCUUCCAAAUAUGGUCGUAUACAGCGGGUACAUGAUUUCUGUCGACAGCAUGAAACGCUGGCUAUUCUGGAUUUACUACAUCAACCCAGUUGCGUAUGCCUGGGCUGGUUUAAUGGAAAACGAGUUUAUGCGGAUUUCGCUCACUUGCGAUGGUAACUCGGUCAUCCCAAGGAAUAUUCUGGGUGUGUUAGAACAAUAUCCUGAUGGCCUUGGGCCCAAUCAAGCAUGCACACUCGCCGGUGCACAAGGAGGGAGCGAUGUCAUAACCGGCGAGUCGUAUAUCACCGCCGGUUACGCCCUCAAUCCCGCAGACCUGUGGAAGCGUAACUUCCUCGUUGGUAUUGGCUUCUUCAUCGUGUUCCUAUCCACACAGCUUUUGGUCAUCGAAUACUUUCCCCGCCAUACUGCGUCAGUUGGUGUCGGUAUCUUCGCCAGGGAGAAUACAGAGACUAAGAAGCUGAACGAGGCCCUGGAAGUAAAGAAGGCAAGCAGGCCAGAAAAGCCUGGAGAACACAUCGUCGAAGCCAGAAAAUCCAAGGAAAGGUCAGAAGAAACCUUCACUUGGGAAAAGCUCAACUAUACUGUUCCGGUCCCUGGAGGCACGCGCCGCCUGCUGCACGAUGUAUUUGGCUAUGUGAAACCUGGAUCGUUAACCGCCUUGAUGGGAGCCAGUGGUGCAGGCAAAACGACUUGUCUCGAUGUUCUUGCCCAGCGCAAAAACAUUGGCGUUAUUUCUGGUGAUAUUUUGGUUGAUGGUCGCCCGCUGGGCUCUGACUUCGCCCGUGGUACCGCUUAUGCUGAACAAAUGGAUGUCCAUGAAGGGACCGCUACUGUCCGAGAGGCUCUUCGAUUCUCAGCGUACCUCCGCCAGCCCGCUUCCGUCCCACAGGUUGAAAAGGACGCAUACGUGGAAGAAAUCAUCGAGCUCCUCGAGCUGCAGAAUCUCACCGAGGCACUUAUCCUUAGUUUGGGCGUUGAAGCUCGCAAGCGAGUGACGAUUGGCGUCGAACUGGCAAGCAAGCCCGAGCUUUUGCUGUUCUUGGACGAGCCUACGUCCGGUCUCGACGCCCAAAGCGCGUGGAACCUUGUUAGAUUUUUGCGAAAGCUAGCAAAUCAAGGUCAAGCUAUUCUGUGUACUAUCCACCAGCCCUCGUCCCUGCUCUUCGAGUCCUUCGACCGUCUGUUGUUACUGGAACGAGGUGGCGAAACCGUGUACUUCGGUGACAUCGGGCCGGACUCGCAGGUUAUUCGCGACUACUUCGCCCGUGAAGGUGCCCCCUGUCCGUCUAAUGCCAAUCCGGCGGAGUUCAUGCUCGAGGCUAUCGGAGCUGGUGUCUCUGCAAGAAUAGGCAGCCGUGACUGGAAGGAUAUAUGGCUCGAUUCCCCAGAAUACCAGAAGGUCCUUCAGGAAAUCGAGGAUAUCAAACGCGCAGCUCUGGCACUCCCCGUCGAUAAUGAGACCACGACAUCGACUUAUGCCACUCCUUUCUGGUACCAACUUAAGGUCGUUGUGGAACGCAACAACCUUUCUCUCUGGCGCAACCCGGAGUACAUUUUCAGUCGUCUCUUCGCUUGCGUCUUCAUAUCCUUCUUCAUAUCGUUGACGUUCUUACAACUGGGGACAAGUGUGCGCGACCUUCAGUACAGGGUGUUCGCCAUCUUCUGGAUUACUUUAUUACCUGCCUUAGUUAUGGCUCAUAUUGAACCCAUGUUCAUGGCAAACCGAAGGAUCUUCAUCCGGGAAGCGUCGAGUCGAAUUUAUUCACCAUAUGUUUUCGCCAUUGGUCAACUCGUCGGCGAGAUCCCCUACAAUAUUCUCUGUGCUAUCGGGUAUUGGGUUUUGAUGGUCUUUCCUAUCGGCUUUGGCCAAGGCGCCGCCGGACUUGAUGGCACUGGCCUCCAGCUGGUGGUCCUCAUCUUCAUGCUUUUCUUCGGUAUCUCCUUCGGCCAGCUGCUUGCUGCCAUCAGUCCUAGCGUCCAGGUCGCAGUGUUAUUCAACCCCGUUAUCAAUCUGAUUGUCUCGACGUUCUGUGGGGUCACUAUCCCUUACCCGACUAUGAUCUCGUUUUGGAGGACCUGGCUGUACGAGUUGGUCCCCUACACUCGUACCAUGGCUUCCACCGUCGCCACAGAGCUUCAUGGUUUGAUGAUCACCUGCAAACCUGAUGAAUUUGCCAUCUUUGAUCCUCCCUCCGGAGAGACCUGCGCCGCAUGGGCCAGCGCCUUCGUUUCCGUCGCAGGUGGAUAUCUAGACAACCCAGACGAAACCUCUGCCUGUCGUUACUGCCAGUUCCGCGUCGGCGACGAGUUCUUCGAGCCCUUGAACAUCCGCUAUUCCAACCGCUGGCGUGAUGUCUGGAUUUUAUUCGCGUACUUUGUUUUCAACGUCAUCGCUACUAUAAUUGCCUCCCGUUUCCUGCGUUACGCUAAACGAUAG